CAUAGCGGAAGCGACGGGCUGGUUCAGCGGCCAUUGAUGCGUUUUAUCUCCGAGAGGACAAACUGAGAUUAAUUCCUCCGUAUCUGCGGUUGUGUGUGAACCGGAGCCAUGGUGUCUCACUCCCUCGCCCUGCCGAUGAUCUGCUUCACCACGCUAUGGGGGCUGGUGGGGGUCGUGGCCCCGUUUUUGGUGCCGAAAGGACCCAACCAGGGUGUGAUCGUCACCAGUCUCAUCCUCACAGCCGUCUGCUGCUACCUGUUUUGGUUGAUAGCCAUCCUGGCCCAGGCCAACCCCCUGUUUGGCCCUCAGCUGAAGAAUGAAACUAUAUGGUACCUGCGCUACUUCUGGGAAUAAACAAGGACCGAGUCAUGUGAUGCCUCCUCCCUUCAUCCCCGUCCCCUGGUUUGCUGGACUCCAUUUCAACGUAACUCCUAACCAUUGAACACACACACACACACACACACACACACACACACACGCUUCCGAUCAGCAGAACUGGUGGAGCAUUUCUUCUGUUCAUCAGGUUUCUUUUCCACCUUUAGGAAUAAUGUAGAGUAUGUGCAGGUGAAGGUGUAGAGUUUAUCGGGACACUUGUUGUGUUGUGUGUUUUGUGAAAUGCAGGACGCAGGAUUUGUGAGAAAAUCAAAUACGAAGAAAACACUGACUGUUUUUUUUGUUUCUGUCUGUUGAUGAAAAAACCAGGACAUCAUCUGUUAGGUGUAGAUAUUAAUCGUCCAUCUCUGAAAUGUGCAAUCCUGAAAUACUUUAGUUCACUCUGUGUUUGUUUACGUUUUUGUUUUUUUUUUUUGGUUGUUGUGUUGCUGCCAUCAGGGAACAUUAAUUUUCGGUGUGUUUGUAUUUAUUUUGGCCGGCGGACACUGAUGUAAGCCCCUUGUAAUUACCUCGGUGUCCGCGCGGUCUUGUUAUAUAACUGUUAUUAUCUGUGAUGUAAUGGUGUGUGUGUGUGCGUGUGUGUGUGCGUGUGCGCGUGCGAGAGAGAGAGUGUGUGUGCGCGUGCGAGAGAGAGUGUGUGUGUGCGUGUGUGUGUGAAGAGUUCAUUACUGUGAGUGUUUGGACCGCGGCCAUGAGAAUCUCCCAAAUCUGUAGAAGUGAAGAGCGAUUCCCUCCACUUUAGACCACUUCAGCCUGAAACUCCCUCCCACAUUCCCCUCAUGCUCGACACCGCGGAGGUCCUCGUUGCCAUGGUGAUCUCAUCGCCCAAUUCAGUCCUGCUCCACUCGACCCCUUUUGAUAAAAUCCUGCCCAUUCUACGUGUGUGUACAGAUGCACUGUAGGCUGAGCUGUGGGGGGACACAGCUUUUUUGGAUGGAUAGAUUUAUAGAUUUGGUUUUAACGUCCAUGAUUUUAAGCAUUUUCUCUCCCCCCCCCCCAAUGUCAGCCUUUCGGUUACACCAAAAUCCUCAUUUAAACUUCGCCUAAUGAAUUCUUUUGGGGUUUUGCAGUUCUUCAAGGCACAGUGACACCCCCCCCCCCCCCCCCCCCCCCCCAGCCUCCCUCACAUCCUUUCAGCAGCAGAGAAGCAGAGAAAAUAGAUGCUUUUAAAUUCAUUCAUUUACCAGAAGAUAAAGCAAGGAAAGAAAAACAUGUUGUUUUCGUUGCACAUUUUUUAAGAGAUUUUCUCCGUCAGACACCCCCCCCCCCCCCCCAUGAUAUCAGUGGCGGCUGCCUCUGAGUGGCUGGUGAUGGAUAUUUAAUCAAAGGCUCCAGAAUAUUAAAUCAAAGUGCAGUGAAACUCUAGUUCGUACUGUAGGAAUCAAGCGGCAGGAAGUGAACUGAUGGCUACAGCUGGUGCAGUUCGUGCCGUUCUGUGAGUGCAUAUGUUAAUCUAUACACAUGCGCUCGAGUGUGCAGGGCGUCGCUGUGUGUUUACACCGCCGCCACCAGCUGGAACCGUUCCCGGGGUCGGGGUUACCCUCUGUCGUCUGAAUCUCUGUCCCGGCGCCGACGCGCUCUGCUCUGCGGCGCGUGGUUCCGUGCUUCGCGGCUCAUCGUACAGUUAUCUGAUGAUGAUGAUGAUGAUGAUGAUUUUACUAAUAGAUCCACUCCUUUUUAAUCUUUUUUUGUUUUUGGAAACGUUUGCCUUGAAUGAGACGCUGGUGUGACACACCUGCGUCCUCCUGAUGCUUUAAGAAGAGUCUCAGCUGCCGCGCCAUCGCCACAACUACAGCUCCCUCCUUCCACUUCCCCCUAUCUCCAACCUUGAGACCCCCCCUUUAUUCCUCCCUCCCUCCCUCAACACCGUCCCUCCCCCUUCCUCCUCUUCUUCCUCUCUUAAACCACUUUGCUUCAGCCAAAAAAAAAAAAAAAAAAAUCAAAAUCAAUAUACAGCUACUUUUUAGAAAGACCAAAUUGCGUUGUAUCUUUUCCUCCAGACCUCUUGGGUAGUUGUGGCGGCGGCGUCACGCAUCUGAAAGACUGUGCCGUGCAGUCUGCUUCAUAAGUGGAGACCCACAUCAGAUAAAAGUGGGAAUCACAUCUGAUCACACCAACACAUAGUCUGACUCCCCCUCGCCAGGAAAUCUGACUCUGUUGCAUGCUGGGAGUUCAAGUUUCACUCCGUCCAAUGAGCCUGUAAACAAAGAGUCACAUGGACUCCACGAGUAGCUCAGUUGUUGGACGGAGUUUAGGUAACAUGUCAGAAACGUCGGCGCUGGUGGAGACUCAAAACAAAUGUGUAACUUCAGCUCGGUGUCUGUUCGCUCCAGCUGUGAGCGCAUGGAGGGAAAAAGCUGCGUAUGAGCGUCGUCGGUCCAGACUGCGGUUCGCUCUCACUUCAUUUUCUUUCUGUCAGGCUUUCCAACCAUUAACUAUGCACCCACAAACCUUGUGUUUUUGGGUUUGUUUCCUGCCGUUGGUUUCUCUUACAUUCCCGAUCUCACUCAUGAUGAAACGUGCAACGAUCAGCCUCUAAAAGGACAGAGUCACAUUUUCACCGUCCAACAUGAAAACGCUUGUUUUUCUUCUCCCUCUCUGAUGAAUCUGUCCGGUCCCUUUUGACAACUGGCUGCUGUUUGUCUCUUAAAUAAUCCUGGCGACAUAGAUGGAAAUGGGGAUUUUAUUUUAGUGUGAUAAGAGUCACCAUGGUAACAAAAAUCUACUAAAUCACACAUCUAGUUGUUGGUGGAGAUGAGUUCCUAUAUGUGACCUUGUGAUAGUGUGAAGUAAAUGCUUCUGUGUGAGUGGCAUUGUAAGUGAAACACCCAAUAAAAAGAAACUAUAUGUCUCUGA